AAUAUUCGUAAUUGGCGAUGCAGUCCAAGUAGAAAAAGAGAACAGCGUGCUACAGCUACGAAGAGAAAGAGAUCAUAUUUCCGCCAUUUUGAUAAAUCAAGCCACCGCUUGAUAAUGUAGUAAUUAGUCUUUUUCUGGGAUGCUUCGAUUAAAGAGAAAGAAUGUGAGAGAGAAAGAGAAAAAGAAAACUUGAAGUCGCGAGAUUACUGGAUAUUAAAUCCCAAUGUUACAGAUGGAUUUAUAUUUAAUGAACAUUUUAAAAAUUGAGCAGAAUUUAGAUUUUCUUUUGAAAGUCUGAUCAUUUUUAAACUAUCAAUUUGAGAUCUUGAAUAUUUUCUUACGAAAGCUCCUGCGCAGGCGUCGGACUUUCGUUGUGAACAAAUAAUCACAAGAUUUCCAAGAUACAAGAUACCAAGUCAAGUGUGCUUAGAAACGUAGCACGCGCUACGCGCUUUUAUCUUUGAGCGUGCAUACAUUUAAUAUCUAACGAAAAACAAUGGGAUCCAACCGAUUUGUAGUAAGACCCGAACACUUCUUGUACGUAUGCAUUGCGAGUAUAUAUCUUUUAUCAGUAGUUUCAAGCGAGAACGAACCUCGAUAUGAUGAUAAAUAUCAGAAUGUUAUGACGUCGGCGAAACCCGAUGGCAUGAUGACAUCACAAAGCAAGGACAACUUUAGUUUUCUACAUGCAUUUAUAGCUUCCUUAUCAGUCAUUGUCGUUUCCGAGUUAGGCGACAAAACUUUUUUCAUUGCUGCUAUUAUGGCAAUGAAACAUCCUCGAUUGACUGUUUUUGUAGGAGCAAUUAGUGCUUUAGCUUUAAUGACUGUCCUUUCAGUGAUUUUUGGAUAUGCUGCAACUAUAAUCCCUCGAGCCUAUACAUAUUACAUUUCUACUGCUCUUUUUGCUAUAUUUGGUUUGAAAAUGCUACGAGAUGGUUAUUACCUGUCCACAACAGAAAGACAAGAUGAAUUAGAAGAAAUACAAACUGAUUUAAGAAAACGAGAAGAUGAGUACGAAAAGGAAACAGGAAGCACUCGAGUACAAGAUCUAGAGACUGGUAUUAUUAAAAAAACAACAAAAAUCAGUGCAUUGAUGCUCCUCUCUAGAAUAUUUCUUCAAGCAUUUACACUGACGUUCCUUGCGGAGUGGGGAGAUCGCUCGCAACUUACAACUAUUAUACUUGCAGCCAGAGAGGAUGUUUAUGGAGUUGUAGUAGGUGGAGUAUUAGGACAUUUAUUCUGUACAGGAUUAGCAGUAUUAGGAGGUAGAAUGAUAGCUCAGAGAAUUUCAGUACGAACAGUGACCAUAAUUGGUGGAUUAGUGUUUCUACUAUUUGCUUUAACAGCACUUUUUAUCAGCCCCACAGAAGAUAUAUGACAACAAUAUAGUAUUUAUAACGCUUGCUAUAGAACAAUAUUCAACUGUUAAUAAGUCUCGAUUGUUAAUAUUUAAAAUUUUAAAGUUAUUUGUUCAAUACGUUAAAUGUUCAAAUUUUGUAAAAUAGUAAUAGCUUAUAUUUUUAUAUGUAGGAUCGUAAAAGGAAGAUGGAAUUUCUGGGUCGGUUGGCUUAAUAUAAGAAAGGGAACAGUUAAUAUGAACAACAACGUGAUAUUUAAAAUAAACGCUCCCUUCUCGCGCGAAUGCUCGAUGCCGACUUCCUUGUUCAUUUUCUACGAGACUCACAUUUUUGAAAACAUAAUAAUAACAAUAACGGAUAACGGUAACGACGACGAUUGCAAAACUUCAGAGCUAUUUUUUUACUGUUUCCACACUUGGCCAUCCUGGAAUCGGCAUCGAUCCCGAUACCUAUCCCUUCAUUUUGAUAAUCUUCCACGGGUAGAUCGAUGUCUAAAUCUAGUCCCCGAUGUUAAGGCCAAAACUUAACACAUUGAGCGC